UCAUUACUGUGCGCCUGGUGUUUACAGGAAACCGUCAAAAAACACCAGACACCAAACAGCAGCUGUUUUAAACCUUAAAAACAGGAGAGUUGUUUUCGAUUUUAUGACGAAUGCAUGCCCGAGUAAUAAGAGGAUCAUGUCAUUAAACACUUGCAGUCUGGGGCGUCGAUUUUGUGGUUGACUGCUCGUGUGAUUGGAAGAUGUGGAGGUUGUUAAGAAGUGAAAAUCAGCUGGAGAGCAGCUCGUUUUAAAGCCACAUGCCAGGUUGAAAGUGUCUUGAUGUGAUGGAUGAAGCUCUGGACACGCUUGGUGAGCAGCUGUACACCAGGAUUUACUCCAAACACAGAGAGGCUGCUGGGAAACUCACAGGUAUGUUGCUGGAGCUGCCAGGUCCUGUGCUGAGUCAGAUGCUGCAGGACGAGGCCAUGCUGACCGCUGCUGUGGAGAAAGCCCUCCGAGCCCUGCAGCUGGAGCAGGAGCCAAGCAGGGUAACGUGCAAGGAGGAGGACAAUGUGUCAGCGUCCUCUGACUCUCUCGGGGAGCAGCUAUUUGAGUUGGUGGACAUCUACAACACUGGUCACUCUCAGAAAAUCACAGGGAUGCUUCUGGAGCAGCACAAAGAAGCAGUUUCAAACCUUCUGUCAGAUCCCAAACUGCUGGAGGAGCAGGUGCACAUCGCCCUGGAGACACUAAAGGAGCAGAACGAGGAGACAGACUUCAGCGACGUGUCGGACGCUGACGACACAGAGAAACUGGGAGAGAAGCUCUUCUCACUGGUGGAGGAGAUGGAUUCUCUUCAUGCAAAUGAUAUCACAGGGAUGCUACUGGAGAUGGAGCCAGCGGUUCUCCGACAGCUGCUCAGCGACCACACGAUGCUGGAGGCUGCUGUUGAGAAAGCACAAUCAGCUCUGGACACUGGACAAUGACAUUUAACACGUAGAAGAACACAUUAAUCAACGACUGACCUGGAUGAACUUUUAUCACGUAUCCAGGCUGCGAUCAGGAAGUUGAAUCGUGGAGGGUUUAGGUUUGACUGGACCAACUGUAAAUAACCGUUAAACCUCUCUUCAGAUGAAUCAAAGUCAAUUUUGCCACUUUCUAAUACGGGUGCUCUCUUUGCCAACACAUGCUUUUAUUUCUCAGAUAAAAAAGACUCAACACAAGUGCCACACAAGUGUCAAAUGAAAACUAUUUAUCAGUGUUGCUCCAUCUGGGAGACAAACUUUCACUACAUCACAUCAGAGUUAUUGUUGUGGGAUGAAAACUUUUGCUGUAUGAAAGGAUUUACUUGUGUGGUUUUAAGAUAAAGUGCUUAUCUUAGUGUUGCUAACAAUUGUGUUAGAGAUGACAGUGUAUCUUUGGAUUUUUCAACUUGGUGAAAUGUCUGUUGCCAACAGAAAUACAGAAGAUAAUUCUGCAUUUUAUCAGUGCAGCUGUGUAAAUGUGGUUUUAUGGAAUGACAUGUUGGUCUGUCGGCUCAGCGCUUUAGUUCAGGCUGAACUAUGGAACCACUGGAUGGAUUGACAUGAAAUCCUGUGUAGACGUUCAUGUUCCCCAGAGGAUAAAUGCUACUGACUUUGUUGAUGCCGUUUUUGUUUUAAAUUUAAGAAUAUUUCAACAUCUUCUUGACAGAGCUGCACAAAAUGUUGAUGAAUCUGACCAACUUGGUGAUCACUUAACUUUUUAAUCAAGUGCCAUCAUCAAGUUAAAAUGUCCAAUUCUCUUGUUUUAUGAUGAAAUAACAGAAACUAAUGACGUGCCCCUCCCCCUCAGCUGUCCUCAUGUUAAUUAGCUGAUGUUGGCAUGCUAAAACACAAAAAUGGUGAAAAAAUGCAUUAACAUUGGAACUUUAAUAAAAUGUCUAUUUUAUCAAAUUUAGUAAAAAAUAUGCUUUUCUCAUGCA